CAAGAAAUUUAAAAUAUUAUUAAGGACUAAACAUCCAGCUUCUCCUGACUUAGUGAGCAGUUAGGGUUCCUGCUCUCUUUAAUGUGCAAAGGUUCCUGGUGUCUAAGGGGACUAUUAGUAGUAUUGCUUACCAGGAACCCCCCUCCAAUGAUGCCACUGAACAGCCACACAUGGCCAGUGAUCUCAUCUUUGUCCAAGACUUCCCCAUUUGGAAAGAAGAGGAGGAUGUGGGCCACAAUGGCACACAGGCCGAGAGGAAACAGCAGGUCCGCCAAACAUCUGGCGCAUCUUCCGGUGCACAUUGUGAAUCUGGAGAAAGAAACGAAACCCAGCUGGCCGGAACACACUUCAGUGCUGACGGGAAGAGAACCCAGCACCAGCCGGAUUAGGAGGUUCUAUAGAUUUUUGUUAUUUACACAGACGAAUCAAAUACUUUUUGUCAAAGAAUUUGGCUGGCUGCACGUGACAUCGCAGCAAAAGGUUCCUUUCAACACUGCACAAAUUCCCAGCAUUAUUUCCCUAACAUCCGAGAUGAGCUGUGAGCCCUACCUGCUGAAAGUGAUCCGUCUCUCUCGCCUGAGGAGGUCCGGCCGCGGGAGCGAGCACCCCAAGCAGAAACGGGUCGGCCCAGACAGAGCGGGACCUUUCAGGAGGGGUGUUGAGAAGCGUCCAGGUCUGCGAUCCAACCAGGAGUGAGUAAUGUGAGCAAACAUGAAGGACAGUGGCAUCUUUGUCCCCCUGGUCAAUGCCCUCGUCGCGGCUCCAAUCAGAACGCAGCGUACCUGCUAGCUGCAUUCUACACCUCCCAGUUCAAACUGGGGCGUGUGCUGAGAUGUUAUGGGAACAUACAUGCACAUAAUGUUUAAAUGCGUUUGGUUUUCAUAUAAAUCUUUUUAGUGUAUGAGAGCAGGUGAGGCUUCCCUGUAAAGUCUGGGGGCCAGGUUGUAAUCUAAAAAAAAUAAUAAUUAAGUGCUUGAAGAUAUACAGGGUGGUCUGGCACAUUUAGAAAUGAGAAAACCUGCAGACAUUUACAAAAGUCUCCAGAUACGAAUAAUACACUAUUUACUGUCAACAGUUGGCUAGGAUCCGGCGGUAAAGAAACAAUGGCCAUUUCUUCAGCACACUGCAAGGGGGGGGGGGGGGGGGGGGGUGAGCACGUGUGGGAGGGUACCACAUGAUCUUCUGUUAACUACGAAUAACAUAACGUAAUCGUUCGCUUAAUCACAUGUCCACGUAAAAAUCUGUGACUCGAAUCAAAAAACAAAAAAUGCCGAAUGUCUUGUAUUUUGUUUGGUUACUUAUGGUUAAGGUUAGGGGUUAAUUGUGUCGUUGUUGGGGUUUUUCCCAUAUAAAUGAAUGGACGGCCCUAACAAAUAUAUGGAUACAAACGUGUGUGAUAGAGAUAGAGUAAGUGUGGGAGAGUGGUUGAGUCUGUGUGUAGUUUUAACGCAGUUAUGUUAACUUAAAAAGAAUGACGUCGGAAAUGUUACGAGUGCCUUUUAAGAGGCGUGGGACCCAGCGUGACUAGCGGAAAUCCACAUGGUCACAUUUGUCCUGCGGGGACUGUCACGUAGGGUAAGGGGUGCCGCCCCUGGGUUAUGGGAUUAUCGGAGUGUUUAGAAACUUUAGAUAGCGGACCGCAGAAAGUAAUGCAUUGGGCGGAGCUGUUUUGUGUAAUUCAUAGAUAUAGACAUUUUUUAAGCCAUAUCUGCUUAGUAUAUGGCCAUCAUUGAGAAGUUAAGCAUUCAUAAAGUCCAAAAUAUAUUUAAGCGUUACCCUCUGAGGCGCUCGUCUCCUCAUGCUAUUUGAUCGUAUUUAGUCAGUGCUGAAUAUCGAAAUGCGUCCGGAUGCCGGGGGUCGGUGAUAGUGCUCCAGAUAGGGAAUAAUGAUUUUUGUGGUCGCUGGCGGCGAUGCCGGAGAUCCGCCGCAGCCCCGGUGUGACCCAUGUGGCCAUUGAGCGGCGCUGCCUGGGCGGAGUCACGCCCGUCCUAGAUACUUCAGAUCCGCACUGUUGAUGAUUGAGCGCCUUAGAAUGAUCUCCGCAUGACAGAUCGCCUCUAAUUCGGCUGAAACGCGAUUUAAAACCCAGCAGCUGAGCGCAGAUCGGCGCGAGUCCGCAUCUAUAGGUGCGAUGGGACGCCCACCGAGCCGCAGGAUCCUCCGCUCCUGGAUCCUCCGCUUCUGGAUCCUGUGCCUCGGUUUCCCGGCCGUACAGGGCGCCAUCAGAAGGUACUUCAUGGGCAUCACGGAGGAAACGUGGAACUAUGCGCCGACCGGCGACGACCUGCUAAGCGUCGAAGAACCUGAGAAAAUCCAGCAUGCAUUUACUUUUCUGAAACCGGGUCCUCACCGAAUUGGAAGCGUGUACAAAAAAGCUGUAUACAAGCAGUUCCGAGACGCGAGGUACCUGGAAGAGGUGGCCAAACCAGCCUGGCUGGGCUUCCUCGGCCCUGUUCUCAAGGCGGAGGUGGGCGACGUGAUAAUCGUCCACUUGAAGAAUUUCGCCUCCAGGUCUUACUCCCUCCAUCCUCAUGGUGUCUUCUAUGACAAGGACUCUGAAGGGGCUCUGUACCCGGAUGGAACCUCGGGGGAGUUGAAGCAUGACGACAGAGUGCCCCCGGGCGGGAACCACACCUACACCUGGACUGUGAAGCCUCAGUUUGCACCCACUGCAGGGGACCCCAACUGCCUGACCUGGGCGUAUCACUCGCACGUGGACGCGCCCCGUGACAUCGCCUCCGGGCUCCUCGGUGCCAUCCUCACCUGCAGGAAAGGCGUCCUACGGCACAAGCCGCAAGCCCACGCCCAGCUGGAGCGGGUCGACGUGGACCACGACUUCCUUCUCCUGUUCAGCGUUAUGGACGAGAACCUCAGCUGGUACCUGGAGGAGAACAUCCAGGCUUUCUGUUCCGAGCCCAUGGAAGUGGACCCGGAGGACGAGGACUUUAAGGAGUCAAACCAAAUGCACGCUAUCAAUGGCUACCUCUACGGCAACCUGCCUGCCUUGGAGAUGUGCGUGAACAGGACUGUGUCGUGGCACCUCCUCGGAAUGGGCAACGAGGUGGAUGUCCACUCGGUCCACUUCCACGGCCACACCGUGUUGAACCUGGGCCACCGGGCCGACGUCCUCAGCCUCUUCCCAGCCAUCUUCGUCACAGCGGAAAUGAUCACCCAGACGGCUGGCCGGUGGAUGCUCAGCUGCGAAGUAAACGACCACAUAGAAGCUGGGAUGCAGGCCUUUUACAAUGUCUUGUCCUGUGGGAAGGAUGAUCACCAAGUACCCCCUAGUGGCAGGGAGAGGCAGUACUUCAUUGCUGCUGAGGAGAUCUUAUGGGACUAUGGCCCACUGAACAUCAACCCCUUUCUCAAUUUGUCGCUGAAUGACCCAGAGAGUCAAUCUGAAGUAUAUUUUGGAAAGAGUAACGGCAGAUUGGGAGGGAUCUACUGGAAAGCACAUUUUGUGGAGUACACAGACAGCACUUUCACCAGGAAACACAGGAGCAGUCAUGGCACAGAGAACCACCUCGGCAUUCUGGGGCCCGUGAUCAGAGCAGAGGUGGGCGAUGUCCUUAAGGUGGUCUUCAUGAACAAUGCCAGCUGGCCCUACAGCAUGCAGCCCCACGGUCUGCAAUUUGACCCAAUGUACGAGGGAACCCGUUACAGAAAAGACACCAUCCACGGCUCGUCGGUGUCACCCGGUCAAAGAUUCACAUACAAAUGGAAAGUUCUGGAAGGCCCCUCGGCCAACGACCCCCCAUGCAUCUCCUACCUGUACUACUCAGCCACCGAUGCCAUACAGGACACCAGCUCCGGGCUGGUGGGCCCCCUGCUGGUGUGUAAGAAGGGCUGGCUGGGUGACGACGACUUGCAGAUGGGCAUCAGCAAAGAGUUCUUCCUCCUCUUCUCCGUGAUAGACGAGAACCAGAGCCGGUACCUGCACAGGAACAUCCAUGAGUUUGGUUCUGGCAACACGGACAUCAUGGAUGAAGACUUUGAGGAGAGCAACUUGAUGCACGCGGUGAACGGGUACAUGUACGGGAACCUUCCGGGCCUAGACAUGUGUGCCGGGAAGCCGGUCACCUGGCACGUGCUGGGCCUGGGCAGCGAGGCGGACAUUCACGGCGUCUACUUCCAGGGAAACAGCUUCCAGCGGGAGGGCACGACCCGGGACACCCUAAGCGUGUUCCCUCACACCUCGGUGACUGUGCUCAUGGAGCCCCACAUGGAGGGCACAUUCGAGGUCAGCUGCAGGACAAGCGAUCACUAUCGGGCUGGGAUGCAGCACCACUACACAGUGAGGAGGUGUUCAGGGGGCCAGGCCAGGACUGACAGCACCCCCACCUCAAUGGUGCGCUACUUCAUCGCUGCCGAGGAAGUAGAAUGGGACUACUCCCCGAGCAGGGACUGGGAGCUGGAGAAGCACAUGGCCACAGAGGAGAGCAGUCCCGGGAAUAUGUUUGUCCAAAGAACAGAGAACUGGAUUGGAUCCAAGUACAAAAAAGUGGUGUUCAGGGAGUACACCGAUGCCACCUACAGGACGAGGAAGGAAAGGCAGCUGCAGGAGCAGCACCUGGAGAUACUGGGUCCAAUCAUCCAAGCGGAGGUGGGCGAGCGGCUGCUGGUGAGCUUCAAGAACAAAGCCAGCCGGCCGUUCUCCAUGCACGCCCAUGGGGUGCAGACGGACCCCACUCCGCCGCCGCCCGUGAAGCCAGGACAGACAAAACAAUAUAAGUGGGAUAUACCGGAACAAUCUGGCCCUGGGUUCUCAGACCCCAAUUGCAUCUCAUUUGCAUAUUACUCAGCUGCAGAUUUUGUUAAGGACAUGGCCAGCGGGCUGAUCGGACCCCUGGUCAUCUGCCGUAGGGGCACGCUGGAUGAGGCCAGGCGCAGGAAGGAUGUGGACAGGGAGUUCGCUCUGCUCUUCAUGGUGUUCGACGAGAACGAGUCCUGGUAUCUGGAGGACAACGUGAAGACCUACCUCGGCAGGAAUUUGUACGGCAUUAGCUUGGACGAGGAUUUCCAGGAGAGCAACAAGAUGCACGGGAUCAACGGGAAGCUGUAUGGAAACCUGCACGGUCUGACCAUGCUGGAGGGGGAGAGGACGGACUGGUACCUCCUGGGGAUGGGCAAUGAGGUGGAUGUGCACACAGUCCACUUCCACGCGGAGAGUUUCACGUACAAGGUGCCCAUCCUGCCCCGGCAUCCUCACCAUACACUGACACAGCUUGUACUAGGCCCUCCAGAAUCGGACAAGGCCCACCAGAGCGACACCACGCAUCGCGCGGACGUCUACGACCUGUUCCCCGGAACAUUCCAGACUGUGGAGCUAGUGGCCCUGAACCCUGGGACAUGGCUGCUUCACUGUCAUGUGACCGACCACAUCCACGCGGGGAUGGAGACCACCUUCACGAUCCUGAACAGGAGAGGAACUGGACGGAACCCCAUGUUAAACGGCACCCCCACGCCGCGCCUGGGGGGUACAGCGACAGCCCCGUGGACCCUGAUCGCCUUCACGCUCCUGGUGUCCACCCUCUCGUGCGAGGCGGCAUUCUGAGGGGGGUCCGGCGAUCCCGUAAAGACUGUCAUGGCUCUCAGACGCAGUUUCAGCUGUGACGUGGGCUGCGAGAGCGGCUCGCCGUUUUGCUCUGAGACCUGUGGAUGCAAAGGGGCCACGUUCUUCUUAUUUAAAAAUGAAACAUGCAGCCUGGAGACAUUCCCUGACCACUGCUGUAGCCACUUCCUCCUGUAGGCAGCACUGAGCACUGUAACUGCACAUGAAUGUAUGCUUAAGCCUUGAAGUCAUUUCUCUUUGGUAGCCUGUGCUUGGGCAGCGCGGCUGUGCACUUUCCCUGAAUGUCCGCUUGGCCGAAAAGCCGCGAGCUGCGAGGCGAGGCCGGAUAUCCGAACCCGCUCACAUGUGGCAGCAAGUAAAGAUCUUUAGAUUUUCUGUUUCUUAUUUUGUUGCCAGUGUCUCUGUUGGAUUCUCUAAAGGCCCUCGGUAAAUGAACAAAUAUUCUACUGUGGGACAUUUGGUUGUUUUGCUGCUAGUCAUACAUGUCCAUCAAUUAGCUAGCUGUCUAGCCAAGUAGCUACCAAACUAUAACUAGGUUAUUUGAUAAUAUAGCCUUCAUGAAGUUAACAAGACAUAACACUUUAUAACCUAAAGAAUUUGUGCGUCAUCAUGUAUUAUCCUGUCUGCUUGUUGACUGCGGCAUGACUGACAGGCGGGUGUGGUGACGUACAGUCGGCCGGGACGGAUGUGAGACCGCGGCAUGCAGCAGGUUGGCUUAGUCAGCACUACGUCUGAUGAGUGAGAACUGCAAUUAGUACAAAUCUUGUUAUUGUGAAGAAGUAUUGUUCUCAGAUCUGCGGGUGUGUGUGAAAUACGACGAGUGGGUGAAUGAACGAUAGUCUGGUGCACAAAAUGCACGUCAUGCUAGAUUGAUGAAGGGGCAUGCUGGCGUUAAGGUGGAUGCCGAAGUGUUGGAUCGCUGUGAGCCUUUAUUUACAUCCUCGCCGUAUUGUUUCCCCUCAGCUUAAAGUUUAUCAAGCUUGCAUUGCUCUCGAGUGAAACGGUCUCCAUCCUGACAGCUUUGUCUUAAUGGUAUAAUCAAUAACGCUGCACAUAAGGAAAAACAGAUCACUUUUUAUUUUUGAAGAUUUGUUGUAGUCUGUAUAUUUUAAGAAAAUUGUGUUUUUACAAACCAGAACAAAAAGUUAGUUUUAUCUUCAUGCUGAAAUUAUUUUUGUGAUUAUAUUGUACGGGAUUUUUGUUGAAUUGUAAUAUUUACCAGUGUGAUAGACCUUUGUGAAAAUAAAGCAUUCUAAAGAAUAAAA